UAAUAAACAAUCUUAAAGGGGGGUGUUGCUUAAUUUAUAUUAAAUUCAUCCUGCAGGUGAAAUAGAAAGGACGUUUUUAUUUAAAGGGUGGCAAGCGCCUUCUUGCUGUGUACGUUCAAUUGAAGUUCCCACCUAAGUUCUGAUGUGUGGACUGUGGGAUAUCAGUCAAAUAUGCUAGUGCAGUGUUGUACCUUUUCAUUUCCUUUUAUGUGAAAAUGCAUGCUUGUUAAAAUGUCAAUUUGUUAUGUUCGAGGUGACCCUGAGGCUUGACCCUGAGGCCUUGUUUGUUUCAGGCACAAUGUCACAGUCAAGGCUGGGGACUGUUCUGGUUGGAGGUGGCAGCGGGUUCAUUGGCACCUCGCUGACUGCUCAGCUCAGGAAGAGAGGCUAUGAUGUAAUGAUUGUCUCCAGGAAGCCUGGCCCUUACAGGAUGACUUGGAGCGAGCUGAGUCAGUCGGGCCUGCCCAAGAACACCACGGCCGUGGUAGGUCUGAGCGGUCAGAACGUGCUCGACCCACUGCGCCGGUGGACGCCCGGUUUCCGACAGAACGUGUGGGCGUCGCGCGUCAACUCGACCCGCUCGCUGGCGGAGGUGAUCAGCGCGGCUCCCGUCAAACCGAACGUGUUCGUCUCCAUUUCCGGCGUAGGUUUUUAUGAGCCCAGCGAGACUGCCGAGUACAACGAGGAAAGCGCAGGGGGAGAGGCCGACUAUAUGGGCCGGCUGUGUACGGCCUGGGAGGAGGCGGCCCGAGGCGUGGAAGACGCCGGUGUGCGUAGCGUUAUUAUCCGAUCAGGCGUUGUGCUAGGCCGGCACGGCGGAAUGAUCCAGCAGAUCUUCAUGCCGUUCUACCUGGGUCUGGGCGGACCGAUCGGAUCCGGACGGCAGUUCUUCCCCUGGAUCCACAUCGACGACAUCGUCAGUCUGUUCAUCUUCGCCAUCGAGAACCCCGAGGUGUCUGGCGUGCUGAACGGCGUGGCUCCACAGCCGGUAACAAACGGCGAGUUCUCGGCGGCGCUAGCGGGCGCGCUGCACCGUCCAGGCGUGAUCCCUCUACCGGCCGCCGCCGUGCGACUCGCCUUCGGUGAAACGCGCGCCAGGAUGAUGGUAGAGGGUCAGCGCGUGCUGCCCCGCCGGCCGCUCCAGUUGGGCUUCCAGUACCGGUACCCAGAUAUCGAGUCGGCGUGUCGCGAGGUGGCAAGGCUGAGGUACACGCCGGUCAAGCCGUACUAGGAGGGCAGACUAAGCUUCACGCUCCCGUUAAACUGCUGUGUGAGGCGGGAGGGAGGUGGGAGUACUUGGCUGUGGCGUUGCUGAGUGAAGGCGUGUGGUGUGCGGUGUGUACGCAUGUGGGUCAGGUGUGUACGAGAGAGGGGUACAACAUGAGAUGCUGUUAAGAUUGACGACCCUUUUAUCUUUCUCGAUAACAUGCAUUUUUCGAGACAUUUGCUGAUCAGGAUACCAAUCUUAUUCUUCAAUCUCAAAAUAGCUUUUCGGUUAUUUGUUCCCACAAUUUGUUCGCCCUAUCUUGCCGUUUCGAAGCUCGGUCGAUUGAAUGUCGGAAAUAUGACGUGUCGAUAUACCUCAUAGACAUUCGAAAUCUAUAACAUAGACGGAGAGCUUGUAUCUUCGACUGGUGCUGAUGAUACUGUGCUAAAAAAAAAAAAAACUUGAAGCGCCGGAUCGGACAAGGUCCGUACUCCGUAUUACCGUUUUAGAAGGAUUGUUUCUCGUUAGGUCUCUGGUUAGUCCGCUCAGACUCACAUUUUCGUGUGGAUGGAUUUUGGGCUGCUUGAUGCUGUGUGUUCCCGUAACUUCGUUGCCUACCCACCGGAGUGUUUUAUUAUCCCAGAUUGGGAUAUUUUUCCGUUAGCAAGGCACAGUUUUGUGACCGUAUGUUAGUUUAACGAUAAGCAGCCAAGCACUAAUUUAUUGCUUUACACAGUAAGGGAUACGCCAAAAGAUAGGUACUCGAAGAAUGAUGGUGUGUAAUUUAUAACGUACUUUUUCCCGACCCUUCCAUGCCCGUACGGCGUACAAUACCAAGGAUAUGGCUGACUAGUGCGUACUUUGUGAGUGUGAAGUGGUGGCCGUCCGUCUUUUGCAAUAGUCCGUGAAUUGAAUUGUGCAUAGAAUGAUCUGUUGCCGAAUUAUUGUUGUUUUCAGCAGACAAGUCUAUACAUCGGAUUGUCGGCGUGACUAUGAUCUGGACUCAAUACAACACACUCAAACACG